AUGCAGAAGAGUCAGUUUGUGGUCCCAAAGCACAACCUGAGAUGCUUCUUCUCUAGGGUAGGUCUCCUCUUCAAACUAGGGCUGCUUUCCUGGUGUGCCAGAAAACCACUGGGUUGAUCACAGCUCUUUCUGGGCACAACAUGUGAGGGAAAUUUCAACCAGGUGGUAGCUAAGAAGUGUUAAAGAGGACAAAAAAAAGAAAAGAAACCAAGUGAAGAUCUUGGACUUUUAGAUGGUUCCUGGCAGGAAAGGUUGGUUGAUAUUGUGACACUGCUCUGGAGGCUGAGCUAUAAAGAACAGCUCAAGGUGAAAUUUGAAGCUCAGAAGAAAAUUUUACAAAGACUAGAGUCUUAUCUGAAAACAGUUAAUGCAGUCAGUGUGACAAUAGCUGCACCCAAAUCCCAGGAGCUCUGUUGUCUUCUCUAUUGUGUUAUACCUUCUCCUGUCAUCAGUGGUUACAGAAAUAAGUCCACCUUCUUUGCUACAGUAUUUGGCAAUCCAAAUACUGUGGGGUACUAUCUGGAAGCUUGGAUAGACAGGAACAUCAUUUAUGUACAGCCUAACCAUCUGAAAAAUAUCUCCGAGAAACACAAUCAAGUGGCUCAAUACUAUAACGUAUUCAUUCAACAAUUCCCAGGGGUCCCCUGCCUUCUAUUUCCCAGUGGUUCCUGGAGUGAGCUCACAGCCUGCUCCAAUAGCAAAGGGCACAAAAUGGCCAUCAUCCCUUUCCAUCCCCAGGACUUAGAUGAGGAAAUGGAGGCACAGAAGGGGACUAUAAAGGAGUUUUCUACCAAAGGGCCAGGAGAUGUCUGUGACUUGGCCUCACUUUACUUCCAGGAAAGCACCAUGAUCUGUUGCAGCCAUCAGCAGUCCUCCUACCAGCUCCUAUUUGGGGCACCCCACAUCUUUGACGAUCUCCUGGGCUUGAAGAUCCAUCUUUCCAGGUGCUUUUUUCUCCAGAUUAACACUGCUGGUGCAGAAAUGCUAUAUCGGACUGUGGAGGAGCUGAGUGGAGUGAACUCUGACACCAUCCUCCUUGACAUCUGCUGUGCAACUGGUGUGAUUGGCCGCUCUCUGGCUCAGCGUACAUCCCAGGUCCUCAGGAUUGAAUUAGAGCAGGCAGUAGAGGAUGCCGAGUGGACACAGCCUUCGAUGUUAUGUCGUAUGGUCGCCUCUUCUGCAGGCCUCACCAACUGUGAAUUUUACACUGGCCGAGCACAGAAGAUUUUGCCAUAGCUACUAAAAUCAAAGGAAGAUGGGAGGUUAACUGUUGCUGUGGUGAACCCAGCUCACGCUGGACUGCAUUACCUGGUGAUUCAAGCCAUUUGAAACUGUAGUGCCAUCUGCACACUAGUUUUUGUUUUCUGUAAACCCCAUGGUGAAACCACAAGGAACAUCAUUGAGUGA